GCGGAUAGGAACAUUAAAAACUUAUACGCACUUAAGCGGUCCGAAAGCUAGAACUGUUUUGGGCCGUCAAGAGCGGAAGUGGCAGCGACAGGAAGUUGAAGCGCGUAUGGUUGUAAAAUGGAUGUCGACUCGCCGAAUGCGCUCAAACGUUGCUCCAGUGCACCGCAAAUAAACAAUCUUCUUGCAACGUCCACCGUGGGGGUGCAACCGAUGGAAGAAGGCCAAUCGCAGCCGGCAGCGAGCAGCCUGCAGCAUCAUCAGGCAUCGGGAGCGACGGAAACACACGCCGUGGGUAUGCUGAAUGCGGCCAUUACCUACCAAGUGUCACCGCAAACCGGUUCCAGAGAAUCACUUCCGACGUCAUUUUCUAACAUCUUUACGCCGCGUGUCCGCCGUUUUUCCGCCAGCUUUAACCCCCUGGCGGUCAUUUCGAAUGGCAGUGCGAGCCCCGGGCGCAGCGGUACGUCUGGCCGAAGGCUCACCCCCCGGAUAUCGCAACUUCGGCAGGAAGAGUGCGCCGACGUGAGCAAUAGCCGUGAGGUGAACCAUGAGAGGGAAGUCCACUCGGCGAUGCAGAUGUCCCAGAGCUACGAGGAUCUGACGCUGGUGGCGGAAAACUGGUCAUUUACAGCAACCGGUUCGUCGGUCAAGAUGACCGAAGAAUUACAGAACCCAUUGCACGUCGCGUUGCCUACACUGGGGUCUACCUGCUGCUCUAGUCCUUCGCCCACCAGCCGUGGUGGCAUCACGCUCCAGUAUCCAACCACUUCGCCGUCACCAACUCGAAAAUUUGUCACACGCCGAUCCAUGUCACCGUGUCCACUGCGUCCCAGUCCGCUUUCGACAGUGAAGCGAAAGAUCAACGACCAGGAGGAUCAUUACGGCAACUGCUAUUCGCCUCCACCGAAGAAAAUAUUCACCUCAGAACGUGGAUCUUCUCCAGUUUGCCAAACGCCCUCUCCCUCUCCGAUUUGUCCGAGUCCCGACUCGUCGACGACGUCAUUCGAGAAUGGGAGCAACAAUGUCAUUGCACACCCGAGCGGCACAUUUCCCUUAGUCUCGACCUCCAGUGGCCGUGUAACACCAAAGUUUUUCCUUUCCAAACUGUCCGGAGUACCAGGGCCGGGAGCAACGCCCUGUCUGGCGCUACCGUUCGGCAUCCCAUCCGGGCCAGCUAUGCAUUUUGGGGUCGGUGGUAGUAGUGGCGGAAGUAGCAGCAGCAGCCAAUGCACCACACCGACAGGCAUCAAUCCAGCGGGUAUGGGGGUUCCGAUCAUGUGCUCGAAUGUGGAUUUGCCAUCGUCUUCGUCGGUGUCAUCCGAGCAAACGGGUCCUCCAAAUGCGGCCACAUUGAUGAUGGAUUGUGGAGUAAGCAGUAGCAGCAGCAGUAGCAGCAGCGAGUGUCGCGAUACUAUGAUGGAAGUCAGCCACUCGGACAUAGGGGAAGCGCUGGCAGCUAAGGUGCCCACAGAACAGGGAAAGAAGGUGGACGGAGAGACUAAGUUGAAGGAAUCGGUAGAUGGAUCGGAAUUGGCCGCUGCUAUGUGUUUGACGGUGUCGAACAGGGGAGAAGGCAACCGACGGGCCCUGUCGGCCGUCGUUGGUAACGGGCGUGAGCUUCGCGAGCAGCUACUUAAGACUGCCCUCGAUCAGGAAGCGGGAACUCUGGGAAGCUGCAACAGCAACAGCAGCAACAGUAGCAUCAACAGCAUCGCCAGUAGUCAAGGGGGCUGCGGGAUAAACGACAGCAGCAACUACAGUGCCAACAGUAGCCUAAGCCGCGUCGGUCGUAUUAUUGCUGACGGCAGUUCUGUCAGCAACGCAACUGGCACGGGCGCAGCUAUCGAUAGUAGCAGCAGCAGCAACAGCAGCAGCAGCAGCAGUAGUUGCGUUUCGGAAAGUUCCUCCAUUGCAGCGGCUGCUGCCACCUCGGCGGUGGCUACAAUCUGUCCGCAGUUGUCCUCGUUCCCGCGGAUGGGCAGUCUGACGGAGAUUGCCGAAUCGUGAAGCGCAGACAAGCCAACAACCAAAGCAGCUAAGAAUGGCUACCCGACCCGACGUUCUCGUGCAGGAGCAUAGGACACACCGGUGGGUGACACCGAGCACAGCGGGGUAGCGUGGACAAUAAUGGGAUUAUUUCUCGGGAGGUCUGCGGGGGAGAAGAAAAAAGGGCGGCGGUGGCGUCAUCUCGCCAAUCAGCCUCGUCGAGUGGCAGCAUCGUAGGGUUUAAGUUUACGUAGUACGCUUAGGAGCUAAAGUAAAAGGCCAUUUAUGGGACUGAAUGUCGUGAAUGUUCUUUAUUGCGAUAGUCAUCUUUAUCAAUGUUCUAGUUGGAAGAGAGAGGUAGUGCGACGGGACGAGGACGUACCUGUCGGUCUUGAUUUUUUUGGUCUGCAAAUAAUUUUGUUUCCCCUUUAUCGACAGCCGAUAUUCCCAAACUUGCUGUGUUAGGUGUAGAAGAAUGAGUUUUGUUUAAACUUUUCGUUUUUCAUAGUUCGCCACGCAGAGGACGUUAACGAAUGUUUGUCUUUAAGUGAUUUAGUAUAAGGAAUGCUUCAAGUUAAAACUGUUUGAGAAGUGUACGUGGGUCAGAAUGUGAGCGCAUUCAUGAUUCAAAUUUUCGUUUGUGAACACCCAUAGCGAACUGAUUGUAGCAGGCGUGUUGGGGUACGGUCCCAGUGCACUGUUUGCUGAUUCGGUCUGAUUCGUUUGGCCGUGUAGAGCAUAGGCUAUCGCAGGGCCACGGGCCGACGUGAACAGAAGAAAGUCAAAGUCUAGACUGGAAUUAACGAUAAUUUUCCAAUAGCAAGCGUUAAUGCCCGUAGCAAAGUGUAAUGCUAUCGAAGGCAAUGGUGUAAGUAUUUGAAGUGAAGUAAAACAUAUCCUUUUCCGGUACGGUGAGAUAAUCGUUCCUGUGCAUGUGUUACAAUCAACUUGCAUGUUGCUAAUUACUGUUUUUGUUUAUUCUCGCAAACACACUCAACUGAAGCGAGUAUCGAGCGUCGGUUUAAGAUUUAAUAGGACCGAAGAAGCCAAUCUAAUAUUGGGGGGACCGUUCCGAUACUGUGGCUUUUCUUCUUUCGCGCC